CCACUUAACACUGAUUUAAAAUGCUUGGCUCUUAAACAGUGGAUAAUUCCCACUGAUCUCAGUGGAAACUUGACAUGAUCAGUAGUGAGUGCUCCCAAAGAUCCUGUUCUCCAUUUUAUCCCAGAACCCCCAGAACAGAACCGUUCUGAACUGACUCAUGCAGGGUGGCUCUAGAAUACUAGUGUGUACAUGGAGCAAUAUAUAGACCUGAUAUGGGUGCCUUUACCACCCUAUUUUCAGCUUCAUAAAUACUUACAGAAAGACUUAAGAAAUCACCAAAGUCAGUAGUUCAAAUGACAAUCUCCUUUGAAAAUCAAUGCAACUUCCUUGUCACCGAGGGGUUUAGGGUGCUUUUCUUGGCUGUGUAAUUUCCUGGAAAUUGCCAUUCAAGUCUUAUCUUUUCUUUCCCUUCUUUCCCUAUGUAAUCUCUUCAAGAAUAUGUUAGUAGUGGAGGCACAUAAUGACUGAAGGAAGGGUGGAAUGACAUGAGUCUUUUUCUACCUUCUUUUCAAAUUACUAUGUAUUACAUAUAAAAUAAUAAUUAAUUGUGUUACUGUCCUGCUAGGUUGGUAUGCUCUAAUUUAAUCCACUGAUAAUCUGGUUUUCCUUUCAAACUUGAAGGCUAUUUUAUUUUUUUAUCUCUUUCGGGACAUUAUUGAGACUGGUGAAAGAAUGAAAGCACUGCUGUCAAAAAUAAAAGACAAGAAACCAAGGAUGGUAAAAGCUGUGAGGUACACGGAUACAGCCACUAACUAACAUGUGCAGAUCAUUUGGGUGAAAAGUAGGUGUAUGCUGACAGGUACUUGGCUUGAAGUUUGGGAGGGAGGAAGCCAAUGCAGGAAGUAAUCCUCAUCCAGCUGCUGAAAAAUUCAGUGUUUCUUAAACUGGGAAAUUUAACCGUGCACUACCAUCUUCACUGCUCAAAUUAAUAAGAGUUUAUGGCUCUUUCUGUGUAGUCCCUAAAGUCGGAUGGAUUCCUCGUUUUUACUUUAUAUUUGAAGGAAAUUCAUCUCUUUCCAUAGGUUUUCUAACACCACCUCAGCUGCCUCAAUACUAGAAUGACAACACUCAGAAUAUUUCUUAAUAUCCUCAACGGCAGAAGUUUCCAGAAUCUCAGAGUGUGUCAGCACUUGGAAGAUGACCUCAAGUAGCAUUCUAGAUCUGCUUUUGGUAGAUAUCUAAAAGGAAAUCUUGUGGAAUAUCCCUGUGUGUGUCAUGUAACCACAAUGCUUAGUGCUUAAACAGUUGCUUUAUGCACCAGUUAUUCAGACAGUCCUUCUAGUGACUGUCCAGGAGGUUCUCAGUUUCUUCUGAAGUGCACAGGCAAACCAAGAAUGGAUCUGAUUCUGCAGAAGAAAUUGUCCUUUUCUCCCUCCCUCCCCACUGAAAUCAUUACCAGCCACUUGCACAUGCUUCCCCCUCUGUGCUCUUCAGCGUCCUGAGGCAUUGCUGCCUGGAAGGGCAAUGACCUGAGACACAGGAUUGAAGGGAACUGAAUACAAAGUAGAGCCACUUGGCCAUAAAGAAUGAACCUAGAUCAGAGCCUUUGCUUCUCCCUCCACUACAAGGCUGAGCACUACUCCUUUCUGUGCAAUAAUCUCACUGUUUUAAUUUAAGUGCUUGAUUUUGGAAGCUUAUGGGGAGAUGUGGCAGAAGGGAAGUCCACGGCUUCAAGCAAGAUGUAUUUUAGAAACCAACCUUCUCUGCUCUGCCUUACAGCCUGCUCGUUAAAAGGACAUGUCAGAGUCCAGGUUACAGACCAGACUAUACAUGCUUUGAAAUUCCAGAUAAAACUGUGGUUGGAUAUGCUCUUGGCUAUAAUGAAUACUUCAGAGAUCUGAGUAGAAUGCCAAAGAGAAAUACAGCCCGUGAUAAUGUCAGUCUUCUGGAGCACUAAUUCCUGGCUGCUGAUGAGGUGGUAAACCAUGACACCAGGAAAUGACUUCUGCUUGUGUGUCCCUGAGAAGAAGGAGAGUUUUGUUGAGGCAUUGUCACUCCAUCUGCGACAUCCUCCCUUCAAAAUGGCUUCUGGAUUCCCGGAAAAGACACCACAACAUCGUUAUUUGCUAAGGGAAAGACUGAAGCUUCUUAGUCUGCUUCCCUGUAAGAUCCUGAGGGAGAAGUUUCUCAAUGCGAAGAAGGCGGCCAGCACUGGGGGGACUGUUCUCCCCAGAAUUGGCCCAUUUCCAGACAUCAGUGAGACUGGUCAAAAGUUGUCAUCAGUUGCCCCGAAACAGAGCUUGCUUCGGGUUUCUCCACCAGAGAUGGUAUUUCAGAACGUCAUCGCUCAUGAGGUCUCUGAAAUGGUCGUGUCUGUCAUGAAUAAGGGCAAGCGUCCGCGGCUGGUGAAGGUCUCCAUGGAGAGCUCACCGUAUUUCCAGCUGGCAUGCCCCAAUGGCGCGUGCCAUGCCGUGCCAGCAGGCGCGUGUGCCCGUGUGCGCGUCCGCUUCACCCCUGACAAGAACAAGGAUUAUUCCCACGAGCUCGUCUGCAUCAGUGGAGAGGAAAGGAUAGUUGUGCCAAUCCAGGCCGUUGCUGCCCGAGCUAUCCUGGACUUCCCUGACGUGCUGAAGUUCUGGAAGCGUCCGGUCAAGUGCAGCACCCAGAAGACUCUGCUGGUUUGCAACAUUGGUAACGGGACAGCUCAUUACCAGCUGAGCACCCAGAGUCCUUUCUCCGUGGUUCCAGCCACAGGAUCUCUGGGCCCUGGUGACAGCAUGCAGGUGACAGUGGGAUUUCACCCGCCGACGGUUGGUCACCAUUCUGGAUCCCUGCAAGUGUGCUGCACAGGUGAAGAAAGUAGCCACAUACAGCUUUGGGGAGAAGCUGUAGAUGCCAACGUUGAGUUCGACACAAAUUUCGUGAAGGUUGAGAAGACUUUCAUCAACACGUCAAACCACAGAACCAUCUUCAUUCAAAACAGGAGUAACAUCACAGCCCACUUCCAGUGGAAGACUUUUCCUACUGAUCAAGAUGAGAAAGAAGAGAAGAGGAGGCAGUGUGAUUUGCUGCGGCCACCGGCAAAGGUCUGGCUGGAAAAAUUCAUAAAGUUGACAAAAAUAGAGGAGGAAAAGGGCUUUUGUGAAGAUUAUACUGUCCUCCUGAGAGAAAAGGAGGAGAUGGCAAAGGUGCAAGAAGACCCCAUGCUGUUCUCCGAUGACAUUUUUUCCAUUGAGCCACUGGAGGGAGAGAUUGGGCCAUAUUGUUCGGCAGAAAUCAAGGUGACCUUUAAACCCCUAGAAGCACGGGAGUAUCGACGUGUGGCUUACUGUGACAUCUCAGGCCGUGGGAGCAGGCUGCCCCUGCACCUCAGAGGAGAAGGCCAAGGACCCUUGGUUGAACUCAGCUGUGAUACUGUGGACCUUGAGAACGUUUGUAGAGAGUACUUUCCCACCUUUAAGGUGGAACUGAUUAACAAAGGAGCGAUUGAUGCUCCCUUCACCUACAUCCCUUCAACCGCAAACCAGUUCCACCGCUUCAAGUUUGUACCCGAGACGGGCACCAUUGCACCGGGUGGGAUCCAGACUCUUUGGAUCACCUACUUUCCCUCCACGCUGGGGGAGUUUGAGGAACAACGACAGUUCAGUGUGGCUGGAUCUCCUACGCCUGUGACCCUGACAAUCAAGGGCCGUGUCAUUGGACCACUUUUCUACUUCGACGUCAGUGAGCUCAACUUUGGUGACAUCUCCUUUGGCUUUCCCUACACCAGGACCUGUCGCCUCAUUAACAAUUCCAAGAUGCCCCUGACGUUCCAGCUCCGCAUGUCGGAGGAUGGCACGCAGCCUGCUGUGAGCUCCUUUGAUCAAAUAUGCAGCGACACUGACCCAUCCUGGAGGAGGGGAAUUCAUUUUGAUGCGGAGCCAAGGGAGUUUACAAUGAAUCCCAGCCGAGGGACCCUCCUCCCCCAGGAACACCAGGAUAUUGAGGUGACCCUGUGUUCCAAUACCGUGAUGGAAUUCAACCGGAAACUGCUGGUGGACGUGGAGGGGAUGGGCAAGGGAGUGGCAUCACUGAUCAUCGAGGCCAGAUGUGUCGUUCCUGAGCUGCGAGUGCAACCCCAAACCCUGCUGUUCGAUGAGUGCGACCUGAAGGUGCCAUUGGAGAGGAAGUUCUUCAUUAGGAAUACCACCGACCUUCCUGGCUGCUAUGGGCUUAUUCCCCAGAGACGCAAGGAGGACUCUCCUGUGUUCUACUCCAGCCCCAAACCCUGUGGGAUUGUCCAGCCUCAGAGCACUGCAGAGAUUCCUGUUCUAGUUGAAGUCCAAAAGCUGGGCAAGCACAGCGCCGAAGUUCUUAUCGGCGUGUUCGGGGAUGAAAGAAACCCACUGAGAACAGAAAUACGGAGCCUUGGACGGCUGCCAGAAAUCUACCCAAGUCCAAGGCUGAUAGAGUUUGGAAGGAUCCCAGUGCUGCAGCCUCAUUCACAAAGUUUUACCCUCUUCAACAAAGGUCUCGUGGACACAGACUUCAGGCUGGAGAUUGCAAAGAAACCCCAGUGCUAUGUCAUUGAACCCAGAGAAGGAGUGAUCCCAGCUCGGGGUGAGGUUCCUGUGACUGUCACAGCAACCCUGGAUGACACUGAGCUUUUUGUUGAUUGUAUCCAGCUGUUCACUGGGAACAGCCCUUGGACCCCCGUCAUGCUCCAGGCUUUUGGUAUUGGCACCACAAUUGUCAUAGACAAACCAUUCGGCCCAGAGCUCAACUUGGGAUACCAAUUCAGCUUCCUUCCCUGUAUCCGUCGGUUCAAACUGACAAACGAGGGCGACCAUUCCCGUCGGCUCUUCUGGAGGGUGGAAUGGAAGAGCCCAGCUGAGGAGGAGGGCCAGAGCACAUCAGCCCUGAGUAGCCCCAAGGCCGAAGAUGAUUCCCGGAGCCCCAAACGUACCACCCCCGUGUUUGGGCUGGAGCCACGGUCGAUGGAGCUGCAGCCAGGCCAGUCUGUGGACGUGGUGCUGCAAGGCUUCUCCAACAUCCCGCAGGUGGUGCAGGAUUAUGUGAUCUGUGAAGCCGCCAUUGGGACAGGCAGCAUGACAAAGAAGAUAAUAGAAACAACCAUUACCUGCCAGUUUAUUGAUCCCUCUAUAGAAGUAUCAGCCAGACGAUUUUCUUUCCGGGUGGAGAGGAAACCCAGUAAAGUCCUGACUCUGCAGUACAAGCCUUUGGCUAUAAAAAACACCUGCUGCCUGCCACUCGACCUUAUGCUGGACUUGGAGCAGCCGUUUCUGGUCUGCAAUGCGGACCAGCAGCCCCUCCCAGCUGGCCAGCCCGUGACAGUGGAUGUAGGGGAGACCUGUCAUCUCUGCAUCGCAUUUGACCCAGCUUAUAAAGUGGAUUUUAAGAGCUGGAAAGAAAAGAAGGUCUUGAAGAUAGAAAUGGUCAGGGGCCAUCCUUCUGUGGAGCAUAUCACCCUCCACGGAGAGGCCCACUUCCCACAUCUCCAAAUCCAGCCCAGCACCCUGAAGUUUGGCCGCAUCGUGGCUGGCACUAGAGAAGUGCGUUCUCUGGAGAUGAGCAACUGCAGCCCGCUGCCUGUCCAGUACCACUGGUCAUUCCAGGCAGACAGCCAGGUGAACAGGCUGAGAGAUGAGCUUUACCCACCUGAAUUCAAACCCGAACCACCAAAGGAGAAGAAAACCUCUUUGGUUUGCUCGGCAACUCAGCAAAGACACUUCAAGAUUAGAAAUGUGGAGGAGCCAGCCACAGCCCUGGAAAAAUUGCAACAUCUUGCCCAAUCUUCAGGAGCACAGGUGCCACCAAAUACUGGAGAAAAGUGUUACAUUCCUUCUGGGUUGAGGCGAUUCAGGUACUCGGUGGACGUACCGCACAUUCCCCUCAGAGUGGAGAAGGCUUUCAGUAUCCAGCCGCUGUCAGGUGUGCUGCAGCCGGGAGAGAGACAGGAGGUCUCCUUCACCUUCUCUGGCCACCUCAACAUCAGCGCCCCUGUCACAGCGCUGUGCCAGGUGGACGGAGGCCCCACCUACAAGGUCGAGCUGAUCAGGGACGCCUCAUGUGUCAGCUACUCCCUGAGUUGCCGGGAGAUCGACUGCGGCUUACAGGUGUUUAAUGAAAUUCAUCACAGCAAGGUCACCCUGAUGAACACCAGCAAGAUUAAAUUCAACUGGAUGCUAAAGCCUAGCACUGCAGACCAAGAUCUGCCUGGUGUGUUUCUGGUCAACCCCACCAUUGGCUCCAUUGCACCUGGCGAAGAGCAAGUGCUGAAAUUCUCUUACAUGCCAGGAUUCCCAGGAGCCUUCAGCAAGACUUACCUGCUUAAAGUGGCUGACCUGGACCCAGAAAAUAUCUGUCUGAAAGGAGAAGCGUGCUUUCCCAUGAUCGUUGUGAGGCUGCCGUGGAACGUCAAAGGAAAUGAAAAGUAUGAGAAGCCACUGAAACGGCUCAUAAAACCCCUGCAACAACACAGUCAGAGGAAAGAAUCAGUUGUUGGGCGGAAGACUCAGAGCCUGAAGACUGAGACCUUGAAGUCUUGGAAGCUGAAGACUCAGAACCAGAAGCUCGGCUUGCUUGGCACUGGCACUGUACCAGACAUGCAGCUGCAGAUAAACAUGGUGAGGAUGCUGAUAGAAAAGGCUGCUCUGGAGCUGCAGCAAAAGCGCCCAUCCCACCUCCCGAAGAGCAGGUUCCCUGACAAGCAGCAGUGCCAGAGUCUUGUCAACAUUGAGCUGCCCGAGUACAUCCUGGACAUGGGCUCUGUCCUUAAGGGUUGCACUGAGAGAUGCACUCUGGCGAUCACCAACCCUGCACAGAUCCACGUGUUCUUCCAGAUGGAUGUAUCUGUCCUGCAGGGCACAGGUUUCAGCGUGGACAUGGACCAGAUGAAGGGCCUGCCCCCCACCUGCACCAUGAAAUUUGAAGUCAGCUUUGAAAGUUCCCGCUGCCCCCAGGGUGAUGUGGAUGUGCUGCUGCCCAUCAAGGUAGCAAAGGGCCCCACGUAUAACAUCCGCCUCCACGUCACUGUGUUGGAACUGUCCCUCAACGUCUCAAAGGACACACUGCAGUUCUCUGAUACCCUGGUUGGGCAGUGCCAGAUUGAGACAGUCCGGCUCUACAACUGGUUCCAAGUCCCCUGCCAAUGGUCCAUUACUGGCAUCAAGCCUGUUGGGAAGAGCAAUGCCCUACGUCGGAAGCAGCAGGCACUGCAGGAUGAGCCCUGUCUCUUUGAAGUGAGGCCCUCCAGAGGAACCCUUGAUGCAGGAAGGUGGCAGAACUUGCAAAUCCAGUUUAGACCCAAGGAGGAGAAGUUUUACAAGAACAAGCUGAAGCUUACCAUUGGUGGGAGCAGCAAGCACUUAAAGCUGCACCUCUCAGGACAAGGUCUGGAGCCACGGUUGGAGUUCAGCCCCCCAGCACUGAAGAUGGGAUGGGUGGUGGUGGACAGCGAUGGGGUGGAGGCCACAGUGGUGGUGAAGAACCCGUGCAACUUCCCCAUUGAGUUUUACUCACUGGAUUUUGAUGAGCAGUACCUGGAGGAGGAGAAGAUCCUGCGGAUGGCCGUGGGGUCUGAGUACCAACAGAACUUUUUAAUGCCUCCACGUGCCGUGGGCGGGACGCUGCCGCCAGAGGUGCUGGAGGACUAUGAAGCACAGAAGAGGCUGAAGGCUCAAUGGGAAGAGCUCAAGGCCAUGGCAGAGGCUGAGGCCAAGGCCAUGGGCAAGGCAGCACCAGCUCAUCACAGCGCUGUCACAUUCCAUCCUGAGCCCAUGGGGGAAGCAACCAGGAAUCCCAUCUCUCGGGCUGUCAUGCGCCACCUGGGCAUUGACCCGUCUUCAGAGACGUGUGAAGCACAGCGGGACAGAGGGAUCGUUGUCAUUGUCCACGGGCCACCCCGGGCAGGAAAGACAGAGAUCGCGGCGGCCCUGUGUCGCUAUUAUGACGCUGCUUGCCUGUCCAUUGACACCGUGGUGAAAGAGGCCAUUGCCAAUGAUGGGAGCCCAGCAGGGCUCCGUGCCCGGGAGCUUUGCACCAAGGCUGCCAAGGAGAAGGAGGCCAAAGAUGAACGUAAGGCUGAUCAAAAGCCUCAGCUCACUGCUCAGACCAAUAAUAAACAAGCCUCUGGGGAACAAAUCAGCAAGGAGAAUGUGAAAGGCAAGAACCGUCCAGCACAAAAGGAGCCAGGCAGCGAAUCCAAGUGGUCGGCAUUACAGUUCACAGUUUCCACUGCUCCUGCGCCGCAGCAGCUGAACAUCACCAGCAGUUGUGGGGAAGAGCUGAACUGCUUGAGCUGUGUGCUGCCCGAGGACCUGCUGGUGGACAUCCUCUGUGAGAGGCUGCAGCAUAAAGACUGCUACAAGGGAGUGGUCUUUGAUGGCUUGGAGAGCCUCUUUGCAAGACGCCUAGAAUCUUCUCUGCUCUGCAUACUCAAAGCUGUCAAGAAUCGUCAGCACAUCUUCACCGUGAAUGUGCAUCAGGAUUAUGCUUCUUGGAAAGCCAAGGAUGCAGCUGAAAGACAGAGGAGGGAAGAACUGCAGCGGAAAGAAGCUCUUCAGAGGAACACAGAGCGUAUCUUGUUGCAAAGGGAUGAGGAUGAGGAUGAGUAUCAUCUCCUCUUCCCUGCAGAGAAGGAAGCUGCAGUGGAUAAAAUAAGACUGGAAUGGACACGUAUAUGGUGGGAGAGGGAGCAGAAGCGGCUGGCUCAAAAGCUUGAGGAGGAAGAGAAGCGGAAGAAAGAAAAGAAGGGUGUCUUCUUGGGGAAGCAGCCUGCAAAAGCAGAGAAGGGGAAAACCAAACCCCCAGAGAAGCAGGAAACCAAAGCCCCAGAGGAGAAGGAACCCAAAGCCCCAGAGAAGGGAGAAACGGAAAUUCCAGAGGACCCAGCUGAGAUGGAGAACUUGAUCCUGAGGUUUCAGAUCUAUGAGUCAUCGCAGCAGAAUGUCACACAGGUUUUCUCCUACUGGGACAGGGUGCAGGGUACCGUGGAGUUACCUGUGAUCAAAAAGGGAAACAAGUCACAGCCUUCAGCUGAAAACAAAGGUCAGAAGACCAAUAAGGCUCCGGACAAGGUGCCUGCACAAAAAGAUGGAGGCCAAAGCAGUUUCCAGUCACCUCAGCUGGAGAUGCAAAGCGAAGUUGCAGAGGGGACAGUCAGAGAUGAGCAUGUCGGGGUGCCGUGCCUGGACAUCCAGGUCACAAAUCCAAAGGCCAUGUUUAUGGAGAUCCUGAGCAGUGGGAGGCUGCCAACGUUUGAAGAGAUGCUGAGACAUCUGGGACUGCAUCCCGAAGGGCCUCCCCUUCCCCCUGCUGUCGUCUUCUCCGUAGUCCCCUACCCAGAGGAGCGGCUGCGCUCUGCAGAGCGCGUGAAGCUCUUCACCAUUGACGCACCAGAAGGUGCUGCUGUGGAGGACAGUCUGGCCAAGGCCCCAGAUGUGAAGGGCAGUUCUGCCAAGGGCCAACCAAAGAUGGGUCAAGCGACCAGCAGAGACAGCUCUCCAAAGGAGAACCAGAUCUCCACACAGAGAACAGAAGGUCCCUGGGACUCAUCCACAACAAGACCCAAAAGUACACUGAAAAGUGCCUCGAUCCCCACAGAAUUCCUCAGGCUGAAACGGUACCGGUGGAUAGUGCCUGCCCACGGUGAGGUGGAACUGAAGGUCCGCUUCUUCACCGAAAUGCCGGGGAACUUUGAGCAGACACUGAGGUUUGAGCUCGUGGAGACAAAGCGCCAGUACGAGCUGCCCUGCAGUGCCACUGGCCUGUACCCCAGCAUCAGCCAGGACCCACGGCUGGUGUUUCCACGUUGGAGGGAGACCAUGGAGGAAGACGAAAUCAUCUUCAAGGAAUAUGUUGAGAGCACAAAGCAAUUCCACUUUGGACCGCUGCUGUGUGGGAAAUCAAGAGAGUGGUACCAGGCCCAGAACUGUCCUGGCAACUCGGAGAAGAUAAACAUCCUCAACGACUCCCCCGUGGAUGUAGAGGUCCAGUUCUCCUUUGAGAAUUAUAAUAAAGCAGAGACGUUCCUUUUGGACCCUCCCAGGAUGACACUGAAACCAAACGAGAAGCAGGCGCUGACCAUUUGGGCAUACCCCACUUUCCCUGGCUUCCUGGAAGACAAACUCAUCUGCUACAUUGAGAAGAACCCGGAGCCAGUGGUCUUCAGCCUGUGCUGCUAUGGAGUCCAUGCGCAGCUGGAUGUCAGCCCCCUGGAGCUGUCUUUCGAUAAGCUGCUUCUGCACAGGCGUGACAGCAGGACCUUGGUCCUGAAAAACGACACCCUACUGCCCAUGGCCUGGCAGCUCAGUGGGCUGGAUGACCUUGUUGAGGACUUCUCCUUGUCACAAGAUCAGGGCACCAUUGAUGCCCUCUCAGAGUUUGAAGUGACACUGAAUUUCAGUGCCGGGCAGGUUGGCAGCAUUGAGAAGACCCUGCGACUAGAGGUUACAGAUACAGAAAACAUCCUGGGGAUUGUUCAGGCUGAAAACCUCAAAAUCUCUGCAGAGGUCUAUGAUGUUUCUCUGAGCAUCGACAUGCCUGAAGGUCCAGAUGGAAGCUUGGAAUUUGGAACCAUUAAUGUCCUGGAUAAGGUGAAGAAAGUCCUGAGUCUAAAGAACAAAGGGGUAUACGACCUUGAGUACAGGUUCAUGCUGAAGGGUGCAGGUCCCAGUAUGAAAGACUUGGCAUCCCACUUCACUGUUGAGCCUCAAUCGGGCACGCUGCUUACCUCCCAGCCUGACGUGAAUAUCGAGAUGCUCUUCCACCCCACAAGGGAAAUCCUCCUCAAGAACAAACCCAUCCUGUACUGCCGGGUGAUGGAUGCCAGCUCAGAGGAAGGAGACCAGACUGUCACUGACAUCCCAGUGAGGGUAUCAGCAAAAGCUGUGUACAGCAAGUACAGCAUUGAGCCUGCCUCACCCAUCAACUUUGGUGCCAUGCUCAAGGGCACCAAGAAGACCCAGACUGUCGUGCUGGAGAACAAAGGCAUGCUCACCUUCAACUUCCACAUCCACCAAGCCCCCGAGGAUGCAUCUGCCUUGGAAAGCCAAAGUUCAAAGCAAGGGGAAUCUGCUCCGUUGGCUACAAAGCACUCCAUGGGAAGGAAAUCAAGCUCCUCGACACAGGGUUCCCUCAAUCUCGGCAUGUUCACGGUGUCCCCUUGCUGCGGCUCCAUCGGUCCGUGGGGCCAGCAGAAGAUCACAGUGGAAUGCCUCGCAGGGCAGGAGGGGACAUGUGAGGAGCAGCUCUACAUUGACAUCACGGGCAGAGACCCCAAGGACAAUCCCCUCGGCAUUCCCUUUACCCUGACUGCCGAGUCCUGCCUCCCAGCAAUCGUUGAGGAUGUCACGUCAAUCUUUGAGCACUACCCAAUCUGCAGCAGCGCCGACCUCAGCCGCACGCUGCAGUCGGUGAAAGACACGGGCCUGUUCAUCAGAGAUGAGAACAAAUUCAUCUUCAACAAGGUUCUGGUUGGGCAAAAGGCUAAAGCUUUCUUCACCUUCUACAAUGCAAGCAACCUGCCAUGUGAUGUGGUCCUCUCUAUCAAACCCCUGCCUGGAAAGGAAAAAAGCUCUAUCGACGUUUUCAAGUUGCAUCCACUCGAGAUGUCUGUUCCCGGCUCAUCCUAUGCCUUUGCUAUGGUGAUGUUCACCCCACCGGACAAGAAGAACUACAGCUGCACUUUCAAGGCUUCCCUUGUCAUCCCAAAAAGCUCUGUGAAAAUUAGACCCCAAGUCCUGACCUUCACCAUCAGUGGGAAGGGGCACAAGCCGCAGGUGACAGUCGUGUGCCCAAGUGCUCGCAGCAGCAGGGGAAACGCCGUGCUGCGCUUCAAGAGGCUCCAGCUGGGGGACUCAGAGAUGCUCCCCCUGGUCGUGCGUAACAACGGCGUCAUCCCUGUCAAGUUUAUGUUACACCUGGAGGAUGAGCACGGAGCGUUCCUCUUGAAAGGCAGGGACUCCACACUAAAGAGAUUCUACACUGAAGAUGUGGAAGAGGACUCCGUUAGAAAUGAGAAGAAGCCCCCAAAGAAGCCUUUCCUGCUUCUCCAUCACGGGCAAUCGGCAGCGUUUGAUGUAAUUUUCAAACCCACCCUGGCUCAACGUCUGGAAGGGAAGAUUCGUGCCUUAGUGGGGGACACCUACUCUAACAAGACCGUAAUAGAGCUGGUGGGUGAAGGCCACAAGGAUGAAUUCACCCUGGGUGGACUAGAUGAGGAGGACAGGAAUGCUAAGAGCAGUCUGAAGAAAAACAUCAUUGAUGCCGUCAGAGUGAAUGAGAUCCAGUUUGGGGCCUCUCCUGUUGGGAAGCUCCGCAGCAGGACCUUCACCAUCACCAACCACACCCAAAGGAAGGUCAUGCGCUUUGAGUGGGAGGCAAACGCCCCAUUCCAGUUCUCCCCCAAGGUGGGACAUCUCUAUCCUGGCUGUGCCAAAUCCAUCACAGUGACCAUGAAAUCAGAUGUCCCAGCCACCUUCAGGAGGCACCUUGUGAAAUGUAAGGUGACCAAGAUCAACUUUGAGCUGCCACAAGGGAAGGUUCAGGACUGGGAUGACCAAAUGUGCACUGUCACGUGGAAGGAUACCACCAGGAAAGACCCAGCAGCCUGCUGGCCUGAAAAAGAGAAGGUGGUGGAGCCGGUCCCGGAACCGGCUCACACCGUGGUGGAGGACAGCAGCCGGGAGGCCAAGGUGUACCUCAGUGCCGUUAGUGCCCACACCGAGUUCAAACUGAGCACAAUUGUGGUUCAGCUCAAGGACACCCUGCCCUUCCAGACAAGCACAGCCACUUUCAGGAUGCACAACACAGGGAAGGUCCCCCUGGAAUACUCCUGGGAGGAAGGUGCAGAUGGUGAAGCAGUGAAGAAGCCAGACUCAGCCGCUCUGAUGCGUCAGUCCUUCCCCUCUGCUACUCUAAGGCAUGGAAGAAAGCUGCUGCCUCGUUUCUGGGGGCAGCAGGAGCAUCCUUUGGAGACGCAUCCUUCUGAGCUGCAGCGGCUGCAGCAGCAGGAUUCCAAGCAGCAGCAGCAGGAACAGCCCGAGCAGCAGGACCAUUCCAAGAAGCCACGCCGCUCGAAGGAAAAGCAGCUCUCCCUGCAGCGUGUCAGUUCCUCCCUGGAAAUCUUCCCAGAUGUCCUCCAUGACCUGUUCUCCAUCAAACCCGACCACGGCAUCAUCGCUCCUGGCCAGACGCAGACCUUUGAGGUGCUGUUCUCCCCGAAGUGCGCGGGGAAGUUCAUGAGCACCCUGCUGUGCAGGAUUCCUAACCUGAAGCCAACUCAGAAGAAGGUGCAGGUGAUUGUGAAAGGCACAGCCCAGGAGCAGAAGAAUCUUGGUAAACUGAAACACUCUGGGUUACAGCAGACACAGAAAGACCAGAGACCCAAGAAGCAAGUGCACUGGAAACAAACAUCUGAGUGACAGCGUUUGUGUCAGCUGGAGCAUCCGGCAGGAGCCACCAACACUGUGUCUUCUGCUGCUGAUGGUCUCCAUUAAAUGUUAACUGUUAAUUGUUAUUAAACAGUUGGCAAUACAUUGUUAAUUGUCAGCUUGUCUUGGUUCGAAGGAUAGGAGUCUGCAGGACCUCUCUGGAAUGGAGAAUGUGACCCCCUUCCCUCCAGAUUAUUGUAACUUUGAAAUUAAGGGGCUUUCAGACAAAGAUAUGGGAAAAGGAGUAACAAGGGAAACAAACAACAACACUGGCAGCAACAACAAACAGAACCAGAUACCCAACCACGGCCUUCUCUCAACUGCAGGCACUUUCCCUUUGGUGUUGUUCCCAUCGCAGCUGGGCAGGGAAGGGAGGCAGAUAAUGAAAAAAACAAUUGCUAGAGGAAUUUUAAUUAAGCUACACCAAGGAAUACACUGGAAAACUCAAGCACACUUCUUAAGAACUUAUUGCUGUGACGCAGUCUAUACAGUAGCCAGAUAGUGACUGAACAAUACUCGAUUUGUUAAACAAGAAAGUGAUGAGAAACCACCCUAGUGAGGGAGGAGCCCUAGCCCUGAGGCCCUUUCCAAAUAUGCAAAUAGAUUACACUGAGUUCCCCAAAAUACAGAGAUGGGAAUAUCUUCUUGAAAUAGCUGAUCACCUCACCCAUGGGGUAGAAGCCCUUCCUAGCUCAACUGCAACUACCUCCAAAUUGGCUAAGAUGCUACUGGAACAAAUCAUUCCCCAAUAUGGGAUAAUUGAAAGAAUGGACUGAGAUAAGGGAACACACUUUACUUCAAAAAUUUUGCAUUCUCUAUGUGUUGUAUUAGACAUAAAUUGGAAAUUUCAUACCCCGUGGCACCCUCAAAGCUCCGGAUGUGUGGAGAGAUUGAAUGCUAUCCCUAAGAACUGUAUGACCAAAUUAAUGACUGAAACACUGAAACAGUUACAGGACUGCAAAACAGGAGUGGUCUCACACCUCUCAAGUCAAAGGACCAGUUGAAGCUCCUUCCCAAACUUGGACAGUGCUACAAGGAAGUGACCUUUUAAAGUCAAUCUUCAAAAGAAGACUUAAUAGUAAACAGUCAAGACUGGACUGACCUCUGUAUUUGCCACCAGAGGGGUUUUUGCUACAAUCCCAUGGGUGUUGAGCAGUGGGAAUAUAAGUCAUACCAGACCCUGACAAAACAGGAAUAGGAAAUGAUGUUCUAAGACUGGAAAUUGCUGGAUGGAGUGUCACGGCCUCUAUACUUCCCCUCCAUAUCCCUACAGUGUGCUGUUCUAGUGCACAGAACUUGGGAAGCAGGUAUGGAUACCAAGGAAGGUAAUCUUUGUUGCCACGGUUAUGAUCUGAGGUUGACUUCAUCCGAGCAAGCACAGAUGGAACUGCUGAUGGGCGCCGCUGCACACAAGUACAUCUGCAACUCACUUUUCUUGAGUUGGAGGAACUACGGACAGCAACGUCAACUGACAUCUCUGGAACUUUUAAAUAGACUGAACUGAACACUGACCUAAUAAAAGACUGAUUAAUCUGAUUUAUAACUGCUUUGCAAAAGGAGUCAGUUUAUGCUGACCAGACUGCAUAAUUAAAUCAAGGGCUUCAGCAAAAAAGGAUAAUGAAAGGGUGGACUGUGAGAGAUGAGGUGAUACUCUGAUGAAGCCAAAAGGUAACUACACCAAAGAAUGAAAGUUGUUUCUUCAAUAUGUUGUUGUUUGGCUUGUUUGGAUUUGUUCUGCUUGGUUUGUUGAGUGUUGCUGUGAGCUGGGAGAGGGGCUGAAGAGGUGAUUAAAAAAGAAGUAGGAUGACAGGGAAGGGGGCCAUAAAUUUCCAGACGACACCAAGCUGAGAGCGUGUGUUGGAGGGUAGGAGGGCUCUGCAGGGGGACCUGGACAGGCUGGAUGGAUGGGCAGAGUCCCAUAAGAUGAAGUUUAACAAGCCCAAGUGCCAGGUCCUGCAGGUUGGCCACAAUAACCCGCUGCAAUGUUACAGGCUGGGGAUGGUGUGGCUGGACAGUGCCCAGGCAGAAAGGGACCUGGGGGCACUGGUGACAGCAGCUGAACAGGAGCCAGCAGUGUGCCCUGGUGGCCAAGAAGGCCAGUGGCACCGGGCCUGGAUCAGGAAUGGUGUGGCCAGCAGGAGCAGGGAGGUCAUUCUUCCCCUGUCCUGGGCACUGGUGAGGCCACACCUCGAGUGCUGUGUGCAGCUCUGGCCCCUCAGUUUAGGAAGGGCCUUGAGACGCUUGAGCGCGUCCAGAGGAGGCACCGAGGCUGGAGAGGGGCUUGGAACACAAGGCCUGUGAGGAACGGCUGAGGGAGCUGGGGUUGUUCAGCCUGGAGAAAAGGAGACUCAGGGGUGACCUCAUCACUCUGUACAGCCUCCUGAAAGGUGUCUGCAGUCAGGUGGGGCCGGUCUCUUUCUCCAGGCAGCAGCUCCCAGAAUGAGAGGACACAGUCUUAAGCUGCUCCAGGGGAAGUUUUGGUUAGACAUUAGAAAAAAAUUCUUUACUGAAAGACUGACUGAGCACUGGAAUCUCUGCCCAGGGAGGUGGUGGAGUCGCCAACCCUGGAUAUGUUUAAAAAAAGACUGGAAGUGGCACUCAGUGCCAUGGUUUAGUGAGGUGGUGUUAGGUCAUAGGUUGGACUCAAAUGAUCUUACAGGUCUUUCCCAACCUAAUUCAUUCUGGGAUUCUGUGAAAAGUUGGCAGUCAGGAGAGAAUGGAAUAGGAAAGGGGUCAGGGACCGCCCCGGCCAGGAAAGGGUAUAAAAAGAAGCCAUUUUCUCGGAGUGUGUUUGUGUUCAUCUCCCGGGCAAGGGAGGUACGCACCUGGCCCAGCUGCAUCGUUACUAAUACUUUUCUUGUGCCUGGAUGAUUUGUAUUGAAUUGUAUCGAAAAAUUAGGGCAUUUCUAACACCUGGGAGGUGGAAUAAGGUGAUCUUUAAGGUCCUUUCCAUGUUCCAUGACUCUAUGACUGGGCACGAAUGCCGCACUUUCACGGUCCUUCUCCCACUGGGAGCUGCUCCGGUCCCGGAGUUCAGCCGUGACUGCACGGAAUCGAUGGAGCCGA